CUAUCUAGUCUCUAAGGUUUUGGAUCAGACCCUCCAAAAGUGCAGAAUAUAAAACUCAGGCAGAUCGCUCAUCAAAGCAGUAACAAUCGGGAAUAAGCUUAUAGUUUUCAACAAAAGCAAAAUAUUGAGAUUUCUAUCCAUUCCAUCUUCUAACCUUCAAUUAGAAAGACUUGUUUCAUCCAUUCACGCAAAGGGCAACUCCUCCUCUGCUGACUACCAUCUAUUUAAACCUCUCAUCUUCCUUCCUUGUAGAGAAUAGAGACAAAACUACUCCUCUGUUCUACUUGCAAAUUAAAACCUUCUCUCAUGGCGUUCUGGUAUCUUCUUCCCCUCUUCCUUCUUCUCUCUUUCUCAAUCUCAGGUGCCCAGGCAGCUAUUUUCACAUUAAAGAACAACUGCAAGAACACAAUAUGGCCCGGCAUCCAACCAGGCUCUGGUAGACCUGUCCUAAACAAUGGUGGGUUAGAGCUAAAACCAGGGAAAUCUGUGAAUAUCCAAGCACCAUCUGGGUGGUCAGGCCGUUUAUGGGGUCGCCGUGGAUGUUCUUUCGAUGAUUCCGGCAAAGGAACCUGUCUUACCGGCGACUGCGGUGGUUUCUUGCAAUGUGCUGGUGCCGGGGGAGUGCCACCAACAACACUAGCAGAAUUCACCCUUGAUAGUCCAAUGGACUUCUAUGAUGUUAGCCUUGUUGAUGGCUAUGACCUUCCUGUCUCAAUAGUACCCGUUGGUGGCGGUUCCGGCGUUUGUAAGCCAACCAGGUGCAUCUCUGACCUGAACCGGAGCUGUCCUAGAGGUCUGCAAGUGAGGGACAAGAAGAAGAGGGUGGUUGCAUGCAAGAGUGCAUGUAUGGCUUUCAAUACCCCUCAGUACUGUUGCACAGAGGAAUUUGGCUCCCCAAAUACAUGCAAGCCAACUAAUUACUCCAAGGCCUUCAAGGCAUCUUGCCCAACUGCAUAUAGCUAUGCAUAUGAUGAUGCCACUAGCACUUUUACAUGCAAGGGAGCUAACUAUUUGAUCACAUUUUGUUAACUCCAUAGCCUUUUUAUGGGUAUUUAAGUAUGAACUGAGAGGAUGAAAUAUAUAUAGUUCAUAUAUGUAGACUGAUAUGAAAAGAUACAUAAAUUCAAACUCUCAAUUGUUUAUCAUUCUUAUUUCACUGUGAUUGUUUGUUUGGCACAAGGGUGUCAAUCGGUUGCCUUGGUCCGGUUUUGGUCUGUUAUUAGGCCAACCCGAAAUCAAGUUUUUAAGUUAUGGUUUUGCUCAUUUACAGUCA